GCCCCUCUGAGCAGGGCCUCGGAAUCGAGCUUUGAGACCUAGUCAGUGGUCAAACCUGUCCAGCCAGGGGUCCAGCCGUACAGGCCAUCGGUACGCAAGUUGGAAGCUUCUUGUGUUGGGUGUGGCUCGCCCAUUUCACCAACCCGCAGAACCAAGCGACCCACCUAACGCUGGUUUAUCGCGGUGUGUCUGAUCUUCAACCCAGAACUCGUGGAAAUUACGAAAUCUAAGAGAAGUGCAAUCAUGGGAGUGACGCCAAAAAUUGCACCCUCCAUGCUAUCAUCGGACUUCGCUAAUUUAGCUUCCGAGGCUCAUCGCAUGCUCAACGAUGGCGCCGAUUGGCUCCACAUGGAUAUUAUGGACGGGCACUUUGUCCCUAAUCUAACCAUUGGUGCUCCAGUCAUUGAAAGCUUACGAAAGCACACAGAGGCAUAUCUGGACUGCCACCUGAUGGUCACAAAUCCUCUUGACUAUGUUGAACCUUUGAGAAAGGCUGGUGCUUCUGGUUUUACGUUUCAUAUAGAGACAUCUAAAGAUAAUUGGUCAGAACUUGUCCAGAGAAUAAAAUCAGGGGGCAUGACACCUGGUGUAGCAUUAAAGCCUGGCACACCAGUUGAAGAGAUUUAUCCUCUGGUUGAAGCAGAAAAUCCUGUAGAAUUGGUCCUUGUGAUGACUGUGGAACCUGGAUUUGGAGGACAGAAAUUUAUGCCUGAGAUGAUGAAUAAGGUACGGAUGCUAAGGCAGAAGUAUCCAUCACUUAAUAUUGAGGUUGAUGGUGGACUAGGCCCCUCAACCAUUGGAACAGCUGCAUCUGCUGGAGCAAACUGCAUUGUCGCAGGAAGCUCUGUAUUUGGAGCCCCUAAGCCGGCUGAAGUAAUAUCCUUGAUGAGGAAGAGCGUCGAGAAAGCCCAGCAAACAAGCUGACAAGACAUAGGAAAGAUUCUUGAUUACUAGUUGAGUUACCACUACACAGCUUCGCUAGAGUUUAUUUUCAAACUGUUUAAUUUGCUAACAUUUUGACCAGUUAAAUAAGCGAGAAGUGGUUUGUUUGUGUUUCGACAUCCACUGUACGCCUUAAGAAGUGCACAAAGGCGUAUUUUACAAUUUCACGGCGAGUGACUCCUUGGCUGUAAUUGGAUUUGACAAAUAUUGUGACCAAGACCAUCUAUCUCAAACCGGAGUAAAUAAUUUAAGUUUGAUUAAUUUUCCUUGAAAA